ACAAUGCAUUUCAGUACAGCCACGCCGGGCAUAAGACGUAACACGAACCGCUAUGUAAACUUCUUGUGAUAAUUUUAAUAAAAAAAAAUAGUGAAUUUGUGUCCGGUGUGCAAGGAGUUAACUUUAUUUUUGGACACGUCGAGCACCAGGAAAAUAAAAAUAUGUCCUGGUGGCUUCUCACGUGCCUACUAGCAGUAUGGAUUCUGACUUCGACGGGAGAAGAAAGAAAACUUCACAGAUUAGUCGGAGGCCAUUUGAGAAUUUAUCAUGAAGAUCCCUCCGAUGCUGAACUGCUCGAAGCAUUAGCAAGUGGUUCAAAAAAUAAGAAAAAUCAAAAAAAUGACGACGAGGAGAAGAAAACACUGAGCCAACAAGUCGCUGAUGGGAAAUACGGACUGAUCCAGAAAGAACUUUUUGCAAAACCGUCGAAACGUCCUGGGGUACUUAGUUACGACAGUAACCCUGAAGUCCCCAAAGACAAUAUUAAUAAUUUGGGUGGACUGACCAAAAACGAGAUUUGGUUGGCGGAAAACCACCUUCUAGUCCUCAAAGGUGGUACUUAUCCGCCCCAUGAUGAUAAAACGGACAAUUCGGCGACGUCCUGGCCCCCGAUCGACGACUACAAGGCGCCCCAUCGUCAAGUCAAAAUCCCCGCACACCCCAAAGUACCGCCGCCAUUUCCCGUCCAACUCACCGACGACGGCCCCUUGCAAAUCCUGGGCACAAAUUCUUCGCGAACGCUUAAUGGCACGUUCGACCAAACGGCCUUCGCCGUACCUCCCCCAGAAGGCUUCGACCCGGGUCCGUACCUCCCGCCUAACCAUCAAUAUUCGUCCAACGCUACUCCCGGGCAACCUCCGUUCCCAAUACCUGCGUACCCUUCGGGGGAGUACCUUCCGGGGGCACCGUUCCCCCCGUACAACUUGAACGGUACUUUACCUCCUUUUUUCGCUUCUUUACCCCCGGGAGCCGCCAUACUACCACCACCGAACCAAACAGAACCGUUCGACGAAGACGACCCUUCGAUCUACUAUCCUCCGCCUUACAGUUUCUACUACCCAAAGGAUAACUCAUCGGCGGUACCAGCCGGACCUCUAGUACCCGGAAUUAUUCUACCGCCCCCACCGGACUUUUUCGGUCCUUUGGAGGAAACAACGAAACCAACAAGACACAGAAUGAAAACCACGACCACUCCGCCACCACAAAUUCACCCAACUACGACAGCGGUACCGCCAACUUCGGUACUUAAAACACGGAAACCGAUCAAAAUACUUCCGGUGCAUAUCCCGGCUGAAAUUAACAACGAAUUGAAACCAAUAGUGACGACAAGUGCGCCGAAACUUGUUACAAUUCUCCCGAAAAAUCGUACCACUCAAAAGACGCGUCCACCAAGUGUGACUAUUUUAAAACCAGUGAAACCUUCCAGUGCUCCUCCUAAGAUUUACGUGUACGGUAACGAAUAUUCCGUUUACAAACCACCAAAUCGCUCCAAAACUGUCAUCAGUACGACUCAAGUGCCCCUCAAAGUGUACUACAGUACUUCGAACGAAAUCGAAACAAAUUCUAUAACUCACGCACCGGAACGGUACCACAUUGGUACCCGACGUGCCAAAACAACAACAAAAUCACCAACACAGUAUUACUACUACGAGGAACAACCAAAAGAAGUCACCACACGUAAACCGUACUACGACAUACCCAAAGAGUACUACAUUCCGGCAAAACAAGUCCAACAACCGAAAUUUAUUUACGUGCCAACGCGCCCCCAAAGACCACGCUAUCGGUUUGUGCAAACCCCCAAAACCGACACGUUCAGCAUACACAUCGCAAGACUCCAGAAACAAAUCCAUCAGUACUACACAACCCCCCGCCCGACUUACAACAGACCAUCCCCAAAACCCGUCUAUCAAUUCAGCUUCGAAGCGUCCAACUACCGGCCCCAAAGACCCCAAAUCGAAGACCCCCAAGACAAAUUCCGCCCGUUACCGAAAUACAGUGUCCAAAUCCAGCCCGCAAUUGAAAUCAUCCCAACGGAAGCUCCCACCGAACGACCGAACUACGAAUACGCCGAAAAUCCCAAACCUGCGCCAACGCCACGCCCGAUUAGCCAGUUCGCCUUCGUGACCCCUAAUCCAGUCUAUCAGGGUUUCUAUACCAAACCUGACGAAGGUUUCUUUGACGAAAACACGAAGCAAUAUUUUACAACGUUUGGGCAAAAACUGGCACCUGGUACCACACCGUUGCCGCCAAGACGGCCCCCGAAACCCAGCCUUGAAGGCGACACCGCUGUUAAUUUCCUUCCUCCACGUCCCACCAUCAACCCGGACGCCGAAUUCGUGCCAAUUAACCCCAACCAACAACGAGUCAACUACCCCCAAGUGGUCAAGUACCCGCGACCGGUUCAAUACGCUCAAGAGACGCGUCAACAAAACCGCGAAACUGUUAAAAAUGAAGGACGGGACGGUUCCUUCAUUUCGUAUCAAUUGCCGGGAGAUGACGGCGCUCAUUUUUACUUUUUGACGCCACAAUUGGCCCAAAGUCGGGCACAAGGUGCAGGGUAUUACUACUCACAACCGAGAAUACGACGAAAUAAAGAAAGGUGAAGUGUUAGUGACUUGAUAUUGACAGAGCUGUGAGUUUGUGGCGAUUCCUAUCUGUAAUUUAGUGCCUAUUUUUAAUUGGUCUGUGAUCGUGUAGCGCCGGCUUUUCGACAAAACGAACUCAAAAAAUCAUAGUUAAGUGACGGAGAUCCACGAACAAAUUGUUAUUCUCACUUGUAAAUCAGUGGUCGAAAUUUUGUACGAGCUUAUUUAUAUUAACAGUGUAUCAAAGUGAUAAAUUAUUGUACCAGGUGAUCAGCAAUCACCCCGUACGUUAUUAGACCAUACUACCACUUUGUUAAAUUAUUUUUUAAUAAUAAAAAACCUUAUCUAACGA